AUGGUAAAUAAAUCAACAACUAAUGGAGUUUCAGAUCCAAAUUUAGAAAAUAAAAGAACAAAAGUUACAUUAACAAAUUCAGGUGUUGAAAAUGCAAGAGGUACAUAUUAUAGUGGUGCAUAUACAUCAGUUGGAUAUGAUAAUAGUUUUAAUUUAAAUAGAUUUAAAGAAAAUUUUAAAAUUAAUAUAUUAUCAGAAUCAGCAAAUGAAUUAGUAUUUGAAAUGAUUGGUAUUGAUGCACCAAUUGCAAAUGCAUUACGUCGUAUUAUGAUAUCAGAGAUACCAACAAUGGCAAUUGAAAAAGUUUAUAUUAUAAAUAAUACAUCUAUUUUACAAGAUGAAGUAUUAGCACAUAGAUUAGGUAUGAUACCAAUUAAAGUUGAUCCAAGAAAAUUCAAUUUUAAAUUACCAAAUAAAGAAUACACAGCAGAGGAUACAUUGAUUUUUCAAUUAAAAGUAAAAUGUGAAAAGGAUUCAGUCACUGGUAAAAUUAUAAAUGAAACUGCAUUAUCAAAACAUUUAAUUUGGGUGCCAACUCAAGAUCAAGAGGAAAUGUUCCCAAACGAAGAGGAUCGUCCACGUCCAAUGGAGGAUGACAUCCCAAUCAUGAAGUUAAGACCCGGUCAAGUCAUCGAUAUUCAAUGUUAUUGUGAGAAAAACAUUGGUAGAGAACAUAUUAAAUGGUCACCAGUUUGCACUGCCUCCUAUAGAUUACAACCUGUCAUCUCUGUCGAUAAAUCAAUCAAAGGUGAUAAAGCAAACCAAUUGCUUGAGAAAUGUCCAAAGAAAGUUUUUGAUAUUGAAGAUUCUGGUCAAGUCGUUGCUGCUCGUCCAUUAGAUUGUACAAUGUGUAGAGAAUGCAUUAGAGAUCCUGAAUUUGAACAAAAUGUUAAAAUUGAACGUGUUAGAGAUCAUUUCAUUUUCUCAAUAGAAUCAACUGGUGCUUUAAAAUCAAGAGAAAUUUUCCAAGAAGCAAUUAAAAUCUUUAUUGAAAAAUGUAAUAUUGUUGAAGAAAGUAUUAAUAAAUUAGUAAAUUAA